GAUUGAUUGAUUGCCUGGAGCGUCACACCUAGCAUUGCAACAGACACAAUCUAGCCUUGGUUAGAUGACGUGUCUUUCCAGUUUUACUCUUGUAGAAUCGUAGUAGUUAUCAGCGAAAUUGUGAAGUAGCUGCUAUUAAGUUGUCUGCGGUACGUGCUAACGGCGAACGUAGUAACUAGCUUGACAGACAGGGUGAGGCGGUUUGAACAAGAGUCCCUAGAGUGCAUUCAUCAGUGAACUUUGAAUACUUAUGGCCUCCUUUGCUCCACACAACUUCUCCUGGGUGGAGCCAGGCAAACUGGCUGGACUGGCAAUGCCCAGGAUGCCAUGUGAAUACCGGUAUAUGGUGGACAAUGGCAUCAAGCACCUGGUUUGCCUCUGUGAGAGGAAACCACCCAACCAUGACUCAUGCCCAGAGUUACAGCUUCACCACAUCAAGAUAGUUGACUUUACUCCUCCUUCACCCAAUCAGAUUGAUAGAGUCCUCUCUAUUGUGGAAGAGGCCAACUCCAAGGGUGAGGGUGUGGCAGUUCACUGCAUGCAUGGUCAUGGGAGAACAGGGACAAUGCUGGCCUGCUACCUGGUGAAGACCAGGAAGAUUUCUGGGAUUGACGCGAUCAACGAGAUCCGUAGACUGCGACAAGGUUCAAUUGAAACUCACGAACAAGAGAAGGCAGUGGUGCAGUUUUAUCAGCGCAUUAAGUAACAUUAAUUAACUGCUUCCACUAAAAGAAGCAGCAAACAGUUACUGUUAAUAAGAAAAUGAUGUAAGAAGUGCCUUAACUACUCCUAAAUGAACAUUUUAUUACCUAUUAAUAGGAAAAUACAAGAAGGAACAACAGUGCUGAACAAUAUUGUGUUAAAAUUACCCACUUUUUGCCCUUGGGACAUGUGAUUAAUAGAUGCUGUCAUGAUGCUAGGAAAUAAUUACAUUUUUUUUUUUAAAUUUAAACAUUUUUGUCUUCUGAGCUUUCUGUUUAUGAACUGGACGCCAAGGAAAAAAGACGCUGGCGCUCCUUGAAUGUUAGCUUCUCAGGAGCCGACGCUCUCUUCAUUUUCUCCUCCUGGUUUCUGCAAAUACAACCAUCACAUCAGAGAUACCUGAAUUAUAUCACAUACGGGUGAAACAAACAUCCUGUGCUGUUUUAGAAUGUAUUUAUAAAGGGGACUUUACUUUAUAGAUUUAUUUUACUCAGGGAUAUUAUUCCAUUCUUUUUUUUUUUUGCACCACUGUGUGCAGAUGUAUCAUUAAGUCUUCUUGAGAAGAAAUGUGGCAUUAGUAGCUGCCUGUUAAAUUAGAUCAGGGAUGGGGAAUUCCAGGCCUCAAGGGCCGGUGUCCAGCAGGUUUUAGAUAUCACCUGGGUCAACACACCUAAUCAAAUGAUUAGUUCAUUACCAGGCCUCUGGAGAACUUCAUGACACGUUGAGUAGGUAAUUUAGCCAUUUAAAUCAGCUGUGUUGGAUCAAGAACAUAUCUUAAACCUGCAGGAAACCGGCCCUUGAGGCCUCAAGUUCCCCCACCCCUGAAUUAGAUUAAUGUUCUGCUUUGUGUGCCAAAAAAGUGUAAACUCACUCUUUUGAUGCUGCUUGAUGAACAUCAUGAGCUAAUCCACUUAAUCGCUGAGCUGCCAAAAACAUGGACAUUUUCCCAGUUAGAAUCAAAUGACAUAGCUGAUAUGCACACAUUUCUGAAUAAACAAAACUGACACAACAACA